AUGCGUCGAGAUUACUUGAGAGAGUUGACUUGCCACAGAGACAAGCAGCGCAGCAUCAGCGACGAAGCGCAGGAGGUUCUCCAAGACCUCCAGGAGCAUCCUGUGAUGUUCUUCGAGCCAUUGAAGUUUGUGCUGGAUGAUGUGACAAAAGAGUUCAUCAAGCUUGUGGUGGAAGAGCGGUAUCCUCACUAUCCUGGACGCCACGUCCUGACCCUUGCAGGUCCCUGGGACUUUGCUUUCCUCGGUGAUGUGCCGUUCGCAUCUGCGGCCUGGGUUCGGGAAGAGGAUUUGCAGCGACAAGUCUGGGUUCCCGAUCCUUUCAACGCAAGGGAAUGGCUUUGCCCUUCGCAAGCGUGCCCGGAGUUCGCCACCAAGCCAUGUGCUCGAUGCUGUGAUCGGCGGCUUGGGGAAACUUGUCAGAUCAGCAGAGAGUGCUGUGACCCUGUUGCGCUGGGGCGGCUUGGCGUUGCUGCCUAUCGCAUCUAUCUCCCAAGCUCCGUGAGCUUGUUGUACUUCCAAGCUUGCGCUUUGCACUGCGCAGUCUUUAUCAAUCGCAGCCUGGUUUCACGGCAUGUGAGUGGCUACAGCCCGUUCUGGGUGAGCCUCGCCGAGUUCCGGGCACACAGCCCCGGAAGCUUCGGCUUUGAGCUCUUGGUGCUGGCAGACAGCCGCUUUACCGGAGAGGCACCCGUGCAUCAAGAAACCCACGACUGGCUCCAACCUGGAGGCCUUCUGCGGCCCGUCGAGGCCCACAUCCUCCCGCAGCCCACGCAGCACAUUGCACAUGUGUCCGUGGUUCCGUCAAAAGACAGUGGCAGACGUGGCAACGUGCAGGUGACAUUGAAGUUGUCCGAAGGAUGCGGCCCUGGCAUGACCGCCAAGAUUCGGUUUGACGACCACCACCUCCUGGCCACAGAGCGCAAUGUUGGCAAAACGACGCAGUGGACGGAGCAGGUCCCAGAAGCGAAGCUGUGGACACCGUCGGAACCCCAACUCCACGUGCUUACCCUCAGCCUCUUCUCUUUGGAGGGAGUGCAGGUGGAUGCCGUUUCGGUUCGCUUUGGGCUCCGGACCGUGGAGUCGACGGAGGGUCAAAUCCGCAUCAACGGGGAGCCUCUGCUCUUGCUGGGGGUGAACCGGCACGAGAGCCAUCCCUUUGGCGGCAUCUUUAUGACUCUCGAUGCUCUUCGGCGAGAUAUUGAACUGCUGAAAGAGCUUGGUGCCAAUUUCGUUCGAGGCUCUCACUACAGCCAAGACCAACGCUUUCUGGACUUAUGUGAUGAGAAUGGCUUACUGGUCUGGGAAGAGGCCGUGGCCUGGCAGCCCUCCCUGGAAGACCUGCAGGAUCCGAUUUUCAUGAGCCAGCAGCUCCAGGCUCUGGAUGAGACGAUCGAUGCUUCCGUGAACCACCCAAGCGUCAUCAUUUGGGGAUUCCUCAAUGAAGGCGAGGCGAACGUGAGGGCUUCCAGGGAAGCAUACCAGCAGCUGGCAAAGUUCACCAAAUUGAAAGAUCCUUCUCGCUUGGUCUCGUGGGCAUCGAGGCACAAGGUGCGCGACGAGACCCUGGAUCUGGCCGAUGUCAUUGCCUUCAACGACUACCCAGGCUGGUAUGAUGCCCUUGUGCCGGACAUUCCGGCUGUCUGGCAGAGCUAUGCUGAUUGGGUGCGGGUCCAUCACCCUGGCAAAGCCGUGCUCAUUGCAGAAGCAGGCGCCAGUGGCCUGGCCAAUUUUCUGCGGCCAGCGAAUUCAUCUGGCGCGGGUCUGGAGAUGUGGUCAGAAGACCUGCAAGCGGCCAUAGUAGGUGCGACGAUAGCAUCGGCAGUGGCUGCCGGAUACGCGGGAGUCGCUUUGUGGCAGUUUGCCGACUCGCGCGUGGACGUCGCACUCCUCGAAGAAGACAACCAGCGGCGGCAGGAGCUCCCGGUGCCCAUCUUGGAAGUCGGGGCCGGCUCCGCCUGGGUGGAGCAAGUCGCGGUUGGAUAUCAGAUAACGAACUCUCCUUUCGGACAUCAUAUGGCCUUGCGGCCACGAGGUCUGAACAACAAAGGUUUGCUGUCUCUGUCGAGGCAGCAUCGCAAGCUCGCCUUCGAAGUUGCUAAAGAAGGCUUUCGUGGCUUCUGCUUCCCGAUCGUGCCGGGAAGACCUCUGGAGCCUUCGACACCAACAGCCGUGGUAGAGAUCGAGUCGUUGGAGCCGAACGAUGCCAUGCAAUCACAUGCAGGUUGCACCGGUUGCAUCCUGGCAGCGCACACAUGGAAUCCGGCAGACAGGCCUCCAGGAGAGCCAGGUCUGCGAGUACACGGCCACCGCCUGGCUUCCCGUGCAGCCCGAUUCGUUCUGAAAGCGGGGCUGCUGAGCCUGGCAGGGCACUCGGACGGCCGGCUUGCAGCAGUCGGCGGCUUCGUGACUGUCGCAGGUACUCGCGAUGUUGCCUCCAGCUACGUUGCCGUCAGAGAAGCUCCGACAUCGCUUUGGCGGUUUGAGAUGCAAGACGACCCGAAUGUUUUUCUUCUGAGGGUGAUCGCUGGCAAACGUUGUGGUGGAGUUUUAUCGCUUGAUGCCGGGAAUGCCGGCAAGCGAAGGAGAUGGAAACUCGGUGUAUGCAGUGGUUCAUAUGGAUGCUUCAUUGGCCACCCUCUUCAAGAUGCGUGUGAUCGUUUGAGCAGCUUGAGCUUCGAGCUGAACGUGGAGCUAGGAAAGGCGCGACGCGCGGCAUCCGGAGAAGAAGGCCCAGGGCUGGGGCCCCUGGCAGGGGCCUGCAGGGUUUCCGUAGCCACCGGCACUCUCCGGCCAUGGAUGCCGCACUUUGCGGGCAUUGCUGUGUGCCUUUUGGCACUUUGCCAUGCCGAAGAGAGAGCGAAGUCGGACCUGGAGGCCGAGGCCGAGGCGCAGCAGGCGCAGCAACUCCUUUCCAGGGCAGCACUUUGUUUGCUUGGGGCUAUCAUUGUGCCGCGCACUGGCAGGAUGUGCGGUGUCGAGCGGUUGACAAAGUCCCAUGCAGUGGAACGCUGGGUGAGGCAGCGCUUCCAGUUGCUGGACGCCAUGGUCGGAGCCCCACCGAAGCACAGCUUGCCAGAGGAGCUCCGAAAGCUGGGAGAGGCACUGCUGGCAGCUGCAACGCCUGCGGAGCUCGGGCCUUUGCUGGUGACCUGGACCACCGGUGAAAGGAGCUUCGUGCAGCAGGCCCUCAAUCUUGGGUUGUCCAUUCGACGCAAUGUGCCACAUCUGGAGAAGAGGUUUGUUGUCGUGUCAAUGGAUCGACGGGCACACCAAGAAGUGAAAGACUUUGGGUUCCAGUCCGUGCUGCACCCGAAAGAAGCCGAUCUGUCAGACGUGAUCUGGAAGUUCCGCUGGCAUCUUCUGCUGGUAGCCGUCAGGUAUGGGCUGCGCCUGGCAGUAGUCGACUCUGAUGUUGUCGCAUUCCGAGAUCCCUUUCCUUUACUUGGCCAUGACGCUGACUUGGAGAUUGCCACGGAGCAUUUCUGGCCGGAGAAGCAUUUGUGGAAAGGCUGGGUACGGCCCGAGGAUGACCUGAGCACCGGCUUCAUUUUCGUCCGCCCAUCUCCGACUCUGGACACCUUUCUGGAUGCCUUCCUUGCAGCAAAUGCAAAUGAAUCGCUGCCUGGCGGACUUCUGCGGGACCCCUUCGAUCAACGUGUGUUUAACAAGUUUGUGAAGGGCGUCGCUGCGCGGUGCAGUCCGUGUGUUCAAGGGCUCUUCAACGACAUGGUCCUGCAAGUGUCACCAGGUGUACCGGGGCGAACUUCUAAAGAUCAAUUACGUUUGCGAGUUCUUGAUCCUCGGGAGGUCGUGGCCAAUGGAGUGAAUUUCUUUUGGCGGAAAGCACAUCUUCAAGGCGAGAAGCCGACGAUGCCGGCUCUUGCUCAUGCCAACGGCGUCGGGCCGAAAGACUACUUUCUCCAAGAUCGGGGUGCUUGGUUUUUGGAUGACCUCAAAGAGCGCUUUGGCCUCAGGCCUCGCUUCUUCGUUUACCGGCAUCCGUCGAAUCUCUCCUUGAAGGAGGACUUCGCACACUUGGCUGGGGCUUUGGAAGUUGCGCGGACUUUGGGGCGUCGCCUUAUCCUCCCAAACAACAUGAACUGCCAGAAUUGUCCAGCUUUUGAGGCAUAUGGCUUGAACGUCAGCCUUGGUGGCAUAUGCACUGUGGACUACUUUGCGUAUAUGUUCCGCUUCUACCACGUGCAUUCAUCAGAGGUGGUGCCUGCUGGCACAGGUGUUGAUCCAGCAUUUGAGGCGUUGUGGGGCAAGCCGGUGAAGCUCGCAGCUGACCCCGUAGAUGUGGCACGAACGAGCACGCGCACGGAAUAUCCAGUGGUCUAUUUUCCGGGAGAUGUCCGUGAACUCCGCGACGCUCUUCAGGCCAAAGGCACACUGCGAAGGAAUGACUGCAGCUAUCAUGAAUGGCCUCAUCGGUUCAUGGCUUGCCGUGACGAGGCCUUUGUACGGCAUCAUGGGGCACCCUGCCAGUCGUCAGCUGGCCAAUCUGGAUGCGGCGCAGAGGGAUUCGUGUGCUGCUGGUCGCAUCAUGGUCGCGCUGAUCGCUUGGAGUACUACACCGGCGUAGCCUGGGACUUGCCGUGCGACUGUGGGUUAUCCUGUCCAAACGUGCCCUCCUCCACUCCUGGAGUCCGCUGUUGCGGCAAUGGUUCGGCUCAGUGCACAUGGGCUGCUGAAGCCAAUCUGGUGCCACCUGCACCGGCGAAUCCUGACAAGGACCUUCCGUUUGCAUCAUCGUCGGUGCUGGAGUCGUUUGUGGUGGGGGACCUUUCUGCUGAGCAGGUCUUGAGCAUUUGCUUGGCCCACCGCAGUGUGUACUUCAUCGUUCGUGAGCCUCUAGAUGGGGUGCCCGAAGCAGACUGCAACGCCUUGGUCAGUGCUUAUGUCAUUGGUCGACGAGAGUGGGAGGCCGCGAGGCGAUGGUGGCAAUUCUCUCUGAAUCUUCGACGAAGUGGCAAAUCACUGUCUGUUUCUGUGGCGAGCGGUGAACCUGACCAGCUGAUCCUAAACCUCGGCAAAGUCAAACAUGACGAAGAUCAGCUUGGAUUUCUCGCUCAGAGCAUCCCCGAGCUAAGCAAGCAUCUGGAGAAAACAGCUGCGCUGCGGCGCGAGCUGGGUCGAUAUUUGGCAGGUGCCCGUGAUCGAACUGCCCUGGUGCAUGCUGCCAUGGCUGCGACAGACACGACAAACUGUGCUCUUCACGUUCCAGACGGCUUCCAAUUAAGUCCGGAGCAUACCGAGCAGAUGAAAAGGAUGCUGGCAGUGGCGGCCAGAGAGUUCUACCAAAGCCCGGCGCCAUCAGCAAUGACCCAACCGGCAGUGCACAGCAACCUUGUGCCCUCUGAGGUGCUUGUCAGCAUCUCCGGUCUGCUUCGUGCCUCCACUGUGUGGUACCUCACGCUUGGAGGAGGCAUAGCCUUGGAAGCACAACUCCGUGACGGCCUGCAUGCAGCGCCUUUCUUGGAACUUGGCCUGCUCCUUUCGGAAGCGCUCGGAGGCCUGGCGCUCACGGACAUCCGGGCGAGGACCUACGUCGACGCGGCUUCGCCAUUCUCGAACCUGGGGCUUGAAUGCUUUGCAGCUGAUGCCGCCGUGCUCCUGCUUGGCCCGGGUAACUUGACGUUACGGUCGGUGUUCGACGACAGCUUUCCGCUUUGUGAUGUUUCUGAACAUCGCAACGUAACUUCCCUGCUUCACAUGGACCGGGCACAGUGGUCCAUGCGAGAUUCAGGAGUGGAAGCAGGUGGUCUGGCUUUGGUGCGCGCGGGCCAGUGGUGCGAACUUCUUAUGCAUCGAGUUGCUGCCAACUUCGCUGAGAACCCGAUGCUUCUUUUCUUCCACUUCGGUGCUGGUCCUGAAACCCGGAGGCAGGUGCUGCGAAGGAAAACCUUCUUGCACGAGCAUGAUCCCCACAUCUUCAAGUACGCCACUUGA